AUGCGGACAGAGUGAGUCCCCCUUUCCCCCCUGCUCAUGGGGUUUGGCGAGGGGUCUAAACCUCCUGGGCAGGGGCUGCCCUUACCUUUGCAUCCAGACUCUGAGGGACUGUCACCUUCCAAAAGUGCACAUAUUCACCCUGUGUGGCCUUCUAUUACUGAUUUCCCAAACCUGGCCUGGUCCCUGGACCCCGGGGGGCGCCCCCAUGUCAGCCAUAGUGUGGACCUGGGGUUGCUCUCAGGUGAUGCCCGAGUUCCUCAAAGCCCAUCCCCCUGCCAGCAAGCCUCUCGGGGUCUCAGCCUUCCCGGUUCCCGCUGCCCAUGUGUGUCCCCUUGUCCUGGGCUCCCACCACCUCCACAUUUGGGUGGGCCUCUGGACACACGGAAGAGGCCACCCUCACCCGCAGCCUCAGCUGGCCCCCCAGGCUGGCCAGGAAGAGGGAGGCGCGGCCAGCCGGGCACACACACAGUUAAUCCUCCCUCGGAGGCUGCUGUUUGGAUCAAAUGCGCUGGGAGCGUUCUAGGCUCCUCAGCAGCUCACAUCUGGCUGGGGUUUGCUCUCUACGUGUUUGUGCGCUUUCUUCCUCUCUUCCUUUACUUUUGAGAAACCGCGCUUCCGCUCUGGCUGGAGAGACCUUGGAGCCCACCGCUGGGAGAUAAAGGUGCUGGGACGGGACUGCGGCGGCCCCGCCCUUCGGAGCCUUCUUCCCAGGGCUUUUCCGCGGCUCUUUGACAAGUCUGUCGGGGCUCCCCCACCCUCCGACCUGGCGGGAAGGAGGCUCAGCCACUGGGAGAUGGUGUAACAGGCUCCGAGAAAGCCUGGAGAGGCAGCGGAGGACGCGGCGGGUACAGCCGGCUCGGUUCUGAAGGAGGGCACGGUGGGAAGAUGGGCUCCCGGGGACAGGGACUUGUGCUGGGAUGCUGCUUACUGCUGGCCUCUGCCUGGGGCCCAGCGCUGAGCCAUGUGCCACGAGGACAGGAGGAAUGGCAGGAGCAGGAGGGGACCCAGGAGCCACCAGCCCCGAUGGACCAUGCCGAGAGGGAUGAAGAAAAACACGAGAAAUACAGCCCCAACCUGGGCGAGGAGCUCGCUGCUUCCAGGUGCUUUCGCUGCUGUGACCCCGCGACCCCCGUGUACCAGGCGCUCCCAGUGCCCCAGAUCAACAUCACCAUCUUGAAAGGUGAGAAGGGUGACCGAGGAGAUCGUGGCCUUCAAGGGAAAUACGGCAAGACGGGUUCUGUGGGUGCCAGGGGUCACAUUGGACCCAAAGGGCAGAAGGGGUCCAUGGGGGCCCCCGGGGACCGGUGCAAGAACCACUAUGCAGCCUUCUCAGUGGGCCGGAAGAAGCCCCUUCACAGCAAUGACUACUACCAGACAGUGGUCUUCGACACGGAGUUCGUGAACCUCUAUGGUCACUUCAACAUGUUCACGGGCAGGUUCUACUGCUACGUGCCUGGCAUCUACUUCUUCAGCCUCAAUGUGCACACGUGGAACCAGAAGGAGACCUACCUGCACAUCAUGAGGAACACGGAGGAGGUGGUGAUCCUGUACGCCCAGGUGAGUGACCGGAGCAUCAUGCAGAGCCAGAGCCUGAUGCUGGAGCUGCAGGAGCAGGACGAGGUGUGGGUGCGCCUGUUCAAGGGCGAGCGUGAGAACGCCGUCUUCAGCGACGAGUUCGACACCUACGUCACCUUCAGCGGCUAUCUGGUCAAGCAUGCCGCCGAACCCUAGUGGUGCCCCUGCUGCGUGCCACAGAGCGCCGAGCCACUCUCCUCUUGCACGCCUGUACCCUGCGGACCCUGGGGUCCAGUGCCAGGUUGACCCCAUCAGCUCUUCCUCUAGUCCUGGCUUCUUUACCUGCUGCUUCCCCAGCUUUGGCAUCGACGAGACACCCUCAGUGGGUCGGAAGUCAAGACGACCUAUGGGCCCAGCGCUGGCCGCUGCUGUCGGCAGAGAGGAACCAGCCCAUGAGCAGCAGGACAGCGGCACCUCCAGCCCGCUGUGCGCAUACAGCCUCAAGUGACCUGGCGUUGCACCGUCCCACAGCGUCAGGCCCCUCUCCAGCUCCUGGAAGUAAUUAAGCAAAUGCUAAAGGCUCCAAAGGAGUGGGGUCAACCUUGGAGGCUGAAGAAAAGUGUUGCUGUUUUUGCUUUCCUAGCCAGCUGGCUCUAUGAGGGGGAGUGUUUUCACUGCAGGGUCGCUGCCUGAGAUACCAUAGAACAGAUUUAAAGGGGAAACACAAGUGCUGAGGGAGGAGCUCAGGGGCCCAGGAGACCAUGUGUGGCUUAAUCACAUCAGGCCACAUAUGAACCUUCUUGGGGAACAGCAAACUGGUGUCCCUGUCUUGCUGAUGUCACUGUGGCCUUGAGAGAGGACUCAGCAGGUCUCUUUGAGCCACAACAGUGAGGGCAUUAGGCUUGGGGCAGUGAGUGUCAGCUCCCCAGAGGGACAGACAUACCCACUGCCCUUGGCCUUGGGCUGGUCGAAGAGGCUGCUUGCUUCAGCUUAUGGACAGUAGCUGGGGACCUCAGGUACCCCAGGCCUGCAGAUGUUCUCUUGGGGAGCAGAGCUCCUGGUGCGUCCAAGCACCAUUCUGCUCCCCAGGCCACCUUGGGCCCUGGGUGGGAUCUUCAUGUUAGCAGCUCAGGCAUCAGCUUCCUGUUCUGCUUCCCAGGCAGGUCAGCCACAAAAGCGCCUGUGCCUUUGAUUCUGCUUCUGUCAGUCCACCUCACGCCACCUUGGUGCUGUUUCCUCCAGGCUUAGGGUCCCUGCCUCAGCUUGUGCUGCAUUGGUUGCAGCCGGGUGAUGGUACCAUCCGAACUCCAUGGCCUUCACCCAGCCCUGCUGCCAACAGCCCGAGGCAACACUGAGGGGCUUUCUCUGGGCUAAGGGGCAGGGGACAGCAGGAAGGUGCUGGAAAGGCCCCCUCCACCUGUUUCCAGGGCUCCUAUUAGGUCAGUCCUGGGGCCAGGGCAAAUGAAGAAAUAGAAAUCCAGCCACUGGGGUUCAACGCUCUCUCUGAGGGGUAGAAUGGAGCAGAGGCAGGUGCCCUGCUGGAGCCUUUUGCUGCCACACAGGUGCUCUGGCUACCACUGGCUUUGGCUCUAUCUUCAGCAGCAGCAGGCAGCAGGGGCAGGUUCUCUGCUCCCUGGGAACCUGCCAGCCCUCCCCCAUCUCACCCCACACUGGUGCUCAGGGGCCCAGGUUGCUCUGCCCACCAGCUCAGGCCCUCGGUCCCUAACCCAACAGCACGGUCCUUCCUUCCUGCUGCCUGAGACCCGUGGUUUUGACUUAUGCUUCCUCCCUUUGGGGCCUGUCUCCUGGGCUGUGGGGUUCGCAGUGCCCGCCUUUGAAGGCCCUCUGCUGGUCAGACUGUAAAAGCCGCGUUUCUGUGAGACUCACUUGUGCCCCACAUUGCUCUUUCCAGGAAGCAUUAAACUUGGAAUCAUGAUGUGAGCAUCCCAGCCUCCUUUGUCUGCUUCUUGAGCUGAGACCUCCUACCUGGCCUCCCCACCCUGACACCCACCGUGGGCCUGGGACUCGUGCGCCACAGCUGGAGGCAGAGGCCGCUCUCCCGAGUUACCAUGCGGUAUCCUGGGAAGAGUAGAAGCCUUGGGUGCAGUGCCCUGGCUGAGCCACAACCCUCACAACUGUCUGCCCUGCAGCUGCUGUAACAGAGGAGCACAGCCUGGCUGCUGAAAAACAACAGAACUGUAUCCUCUCCCAGUUCCGGAAGCCGGAAGUUCAAAAUCAAGGGGCAGGCAGGGCCUUGCUUCCUCCUACGGCUCUAGGCGAGGGUUCUUCCUGCCUCUUCCAGCUUCCUGUGACCCCCAGGCAUUCCCUGGCUCAGAAAGCAUCAGUCCAAUCUCUGCCUGCUCUUUCUUCACGUGUGUGCCUCAAAUCUCCCUCCCUUUUCCUAAGAGAACACUUACCUUGGGUUUAGGACUCACCCUAAAUCCAGGAUGCUCUUCUCUUGAGAUCUUGAACUUAAUUACACCUGCAAACACUCUAUUCCAAGUGAGGUCAGAACCACAGAUACCUGAUUAUAAGACUGGUCUUUUUGGAGGUUAUCACGUACCCGACUGCAACAGCCUACAGGCUUGAAUACACAGACCAACAGCCCCUGUUCAUCUGAGCAGUGAAGGACAGAUGUUUCUCCUUCUUCUUUUUGUUGCUGGCCAACUGGGUUAGCAGCCAGGCCCUCCUCCAACUUCCAGCGUCCAGCACGGAAGCAGGAGCCAGCAGGCUGGUAAACAGCUGGCUUCCCGCCUUUGCCUGGCCCUGGGUAGGUCCACGUGGUCAUGCUCAGCCUUGAGCUGUGGCCAGACACUGCAAACCUGCCAUCUGUGAGAGAGAGAAGGCUCCCACCUCCAUAGAACUGAGGCCACUGGGCAGAGGCACGCUUCCCCCGCAGCUGGGAGAGGGGGCAGAGAGCAUUUCCCAAAGGUGCCUGGAAGGAAUGAGUCGGGGCCAUCCGUCGUCACUGACUGCCUCUCUCCUGACAGUCACUUGGCCCGCGUACAUGGUCCCACUGCUGCUGGCCUAGCCGCCACUGGAAAGGAGGCACCAUUGGCUCCAGGGCCCUUUUGAUGCCCCUUUUGGUGCCCAUCAUUUGUGGGCCAACCCUCCCACAUUCUUUCAUGUUGGCGUUUACACCCCUCCCACUCUUCCUCCUCGCAUUUGCCUUGGUCCUGCUUUGUGGCAGCCCAUGUGCUGGGUGCUGGGGCGAUAGUGACCA